GCGGCUCUGUUUCUCACACACACACACACUAGCUCUGUAGUAACAAACUCAGCCACAAAUUGAACUUGUUUCACUCGCCGUCAUGUCCACUUUGUGUUAUAAUAAGGGAUGUGGACAGCGAUUUGAUCCAGAAAAUAACCCAGACGAUGCCUGCACCUAUCAUCCAGGAGUCCCAGUAUUCCACGAUGCACUGAAGGGAUGGUCCUGUUGCAAGAGAAGAACUACUGACUUCUCAGACUUCCUUAGCAUUGUUGGCUGUACAAAAGGACCCCACAACAAAGAGAAGCCCCCUGAGCCAGUGAAACCAGAUGUGACAUCGUCAGGAGAAAGGAAAGACACAAAUGAACAAAAACCAAAGUUUAACGAGUACAUCAUCUCUGCCCCAAAGCCUCAAGAGGCCAUACACAGACCAAGUGCCGAUGAGCCGAUGGUGAGAUUGCAGCAUAAAGUCUCUACCUCUCUGAAACAGGCUCUGGAGAAACUGAAGCUGUCUGACAAUGCGGAAGAGAAAAAGGAGGAAGAUAGUGACGAGAUCAAGAUUGGAACAUCCUGUAAAAAUGGAGGAUGCACUAAAAGUUUUAAUGGACCUGCAAGCGAUUCGGAUGUGUGUUUAUACCACUCUGGAUUUCCUAUCUUCCACGAAGGGAUGAAAUACUGGAGCUGCUGUAAGAGGAAAACCUCAGACUUUAACACCUUCCUCUCUCAAGAGGGCUGUACCAAGGGAACACAUGUAUGGAGGAAAAAAGAUGAGGGUAAGAAAGUGGUUCCAUGUCGGUUUGACUGGCAUCAGACUGGCACACAAGUCAUUGUCUCUAUCUACUCUAAGAAUGCUGUCCCGGAGCUGAGCUAUGUGGACGCAAACAGCACCACACUCAACAUCCAUGUUAUAUUUGAGGGAGAGAAGGAAUUUGAGCAGAAAAUCAGCUUGUGGGGAGUGAUAGAUGUGAGUAAGAGUAUAGUGAACAUGAUGGCUGCCAAGAUCGAAAUAGCCAUGAAGAAGUCUGAACCUAUGUCGUGGGCUCGCCUGGACCUUCCUCCCCCUGUUGUUCCACCCAAGGAGAACGAGAAGAAGAAAGAGGAUACUGAGAGUGAGGAGGACGAUGAAUGAUGAACGAGUUAAAACAAAAACGUAUAGUGUGUAUUUUUAGCUAAAUCAAAGGCCAUGCAGUCCAUUCUUUACCUCUUUAAAGAGUCACCUCUUUCGCUGUCAUGGAACUUUGGCCUUUACUCCUCUACAUUACAGUUUUUCCUUAUCGUUCCUAUUAGUCAAAGUACUUGAUUUUGCCUGUCUUUUCAUUUUUCUGUCCUUUAUUGGUCAACAUGUUGGUUGAAAUGCUUAAGAGUCUUCAAGUAUUUUUACAACGUUUUUUCACUGAAGUACUCAACGGUCAUAGGAGCAACACUGACUUUAAGGAGACUUUCAAUUGAGGUCAGAUGAUGCCACACUUGUUGAAUUGCACUGAAAUCCCCUGGAACAUAACACCAGACAAUAAGAUAUGAGUCUAUUGUGUCCAUGCUUAACUUCAGAACCAUAAAGCCUGUUAUGUUUCUUUUCAAGUCAUCGUAAUGGACCAGUUGUGACCAUCUUGUAUUUGAACAAUUUUUAGUAAAUGAUGAUUCCAUCUGUACAUUUCCAUGUGUUCACUUUAUAUUUAGUCUUGCAUUUGUGAAUUGUUUUCAUUCCAUCCUUUGGUUUCAUAAAGUGUAUGAAUUAUUACAUUGUUCUGUCCAUGUCCAUGAAUAUCACAUCAGAUUCAAUGCUGUCUUCAUAAACACACUUGUGUAUUUGAUGUGAUGAUGAAGCUGCUGCAUGUAGUAGGAAAUGUGGAUCUUUAAAAUGUCCACACUUGUACAACAUGGAUUUUAUUCUGAAUAAACGUUCUAAGAAAUAAAAUACAUCCUUGGGACUCGUAAACUUACAAGUGCUCCAAACAACCCGCCUUUUUUCAGUUAAAGUUGCUAAUCUGCUACAAAUAUGUUUUUUGUUUUCUUUUUACAUGAUUAUAAUGUAUAUUUUGUACAAGUUUUGCUUUCAAAUGAUCAGUACUGUAUGUAUCUCAUUUCUUGUCACAACUGUUUAAAUAAUGAGAAUGUACUGUAAUAUCUGAGAUGCCAAUUGAAUACAAAGUAUUUUGAGCGAAUUACCAUAUUAUAAAAAUGCUUUGCUAGACAGCAUGUGUCAGGGCUGAGAAUGUAUGAAUUAAAUCUGACUGAAUGAGAUCAUGACUAAAGGGUAAAAUAAUUAGGGAAGCAAUUUAUCUUACCAAAAAU